AUGGCCUCCUCUAUUCCCUCGGCAGGCUUGCCUACAGCCUUGGGUGGCAAUUUGACCGAUUUCGCUAGCAACGUUGUCAGCAUCAUCUCUCCGUACAUACCGGACGCCGUCAAGUCCAACAUCAACACAAUCGCAUCGUCCAAGUUGACACAGGAGAUGUCAAAAGGCUGGAGUUGGGCUGCGUACUCCUCUCUGCUGGUCGCUAGCAUCUACGUGUUCGACUGGGGAGCCAAAUCGCGUCGCGACAAGAGGCUUCGCGAUUUUGGCUCCCCGCCUCCUCUUGUCCCGUUCAAGGCCCCGUUUGGGAUUGACUUGGCCGUGUAUUCCUUAUACCGGUUCUUCAAGUUCACGUUCUUCGAGCUCGUCAAUAGUUGGCUUGAGGCUGUGCCUGGCCGCACCGUCGAGAUGCGAAUGUUUGGCACAGGCUUAAUCUUCACCGAUGAGCCUGCCAACAUCAAGGCAAUCAUGUCUACAGAGUGGUCCAGCUUCGGAAGAGGCGAAGUGACCAAGCGUAUCUGGGGAGACAUGCUCGGAGAAACACAAAUCUUUGUUGUGGACGGAGAGGACUGGCAUAACAGCAAAGAGCGCAUCAAGGGUCAUGUUAUGAAGAUGCGUUCGGACGAUCUUGAGAUCACCGAAAAGCAUGCCCAGAAAUUGUUCGCAUGCUUCGACGUCGGAAAACCUGUCGAGGUAUACGAUGUCGCCGACCGGUACCAGCUUGAUGUCGUCUCAGAGGUGUUUUUCGGCGAGUCGGCCGACUCCCUCACAGGACAUCACCCAUUCAGAGAACCUAUGGAGACGUUGCACCCUAUCAAUACAGCGCGUAUGCUGUUCGGAAAGAAUGCCUAUUAUGUAAAGGACAAGUAUCUGGCUCCCAAGGCACUCAAAGAACUGAACGACUAUACCUCUGGCAUUGUGGACCGAGCAUACGCGAGAGAUUUGUCAAAGAAGUCGCCCGAGGAUUAUAACAUGCUGGACGACCUCGUGAGCCAAAAGAAGAGUGUCAAGGACAUCAAAGACUCCAUGAUGACUAUCAUGCUUGGUGGAAAGGACCCCUCGGCCAUUCUCAUUGCGUGGGCUAUCUUCUUGAUGGGAAAGUACCCCAACGUCAUGAAGAAGAUGCAAGCUGAGGUUGCACGAGUAUCUGGCGACAAGCCGCCUUCGGCAUCUGAUCUCAAAGAGAUGAUGUACAUCCGCUACGUGAUCAAUGAGACCUUCCGACUGUAUCACCCUCUCGGCAUGAAUGUCAGAAUGGCGUUGAAAGAUGCCACACUGCCGAUCGGAGGAGGAAAGAGUGGCAGAGAGCCCGUUGCAGUUCCUAAGGACACAACCAUCAUUUACUCUCUAGGUGGUCUUCAGCGUCGUAAAGACAUCUACGGCGAGGAUGCGCUCGAGUUCCGACCCGAGCGUUGGGAGGGCGCCAACAUCAAUCGCUGGCACUUCAUUCCGUACAACCAUGGCCCCCGACACUGCUUAGGUCAGAAGUUUGGGCAGCAGCAGAUGGAGUAUGUUCUGGCGAGAAUCUGUCAGGAGUACGAGGAGAUUCGGAUUCCUGCAGGACAACCCGAACAGCAAAUUCGUAUCGAGCUGAACUUGAAGAUGGCACAUCCAUGCAUGUGUGAGUUUGUCAAGAAGUCCAAAAGUAGUUAG